AUGCAGAGCGUCCAGCGGCAUUUUGGCAGAUACAUGAAGAGGAGCGCUGACGAGCAUAACGUCUCCGUCCUGCUCAAAGAUUUUGACGAGGCCGAUCACCUGCUGGCCAAGAUCAUUGAAGCAUCUAAAGCCUGGAGCGAGUCAUGGGUAUCCAUCUUAACCCACCAGCAUCGCAUCUUCGAAGAGUUCGAGACUCUCUACACUCCUAUUGUCGGUGCCGGCGAUGACUAUCACGGUCAUGUCGCGGUCCUCACGCCCCAGCCUCUCCUCCGCAGAACCAACAGAAUCCAAACAGAGUACGCAGAACUGAAGCGGGACCUGACUGAAGAUUUGGGUCAAGUCGAGGAUAGGUUGAUUAAGCCUGCCCAAUCGGCCAAAGAUGAUCUACAGCUAUUCAAGAAGACCAUCAAGAAACGAGAAGAUCGUAAGCUGGACUUUGAGAGAUAUCAAAAUAGGGUGGACUCGGCCAUGAAGAAGACAAAACGCUCCGAUAGGGACAAUGCCGCCCUUGCAAAGGCCCAGUCUGAGCUGUCUGCUGCUACAGAGGCAUACCAGGCCGCAGAUGAGCAUCUGAGAGCAUGUCUCCCUCGUCUCCUAACCUCCGUCUUCUCGCUGCUACCCCACUUUCUCGCAGCUCAGAUCCAGAUUCAAAACAGCCUUCUGGGACAUUACUAUACCUUGUUGCAUUCUUAUUGUUCAGAGGAAGGUUUUCCUUCUCCGGCUCCUCCAAUGGAUGAGGUGAUAAGGUUGUGGGAUGAUGCCUUCAAACCCGUUCAGCAAGAGGCCGAGUCAUUGCCAUUUCUAGCGAGCGGCAAGGCUGUUCGGUUACCUAUGAACCAAGAAAAUGGCCACGGGCAUGGGCAUACCAACGGGUACCGCCGUCCUAGUGCCACAUCGACUUUCAAUCGAACACAGUCAGUCUCUCCGGCCAGAGCCUUGCCUCCUUCCCCAUCAUACGACAAUAAACCGAAGAUUGCUUCUUCACCUUCCGGACUUUCAUUGCUCUCUCCACCCGCUCCCCAAGAGCCUACAUCGAGUCCUUCACCAUCUGCGUCUGUCUACCAGACCCCUAUGUCAUUCUCCCCUGCUGGACCAAACGCCGACUAUUUCUCGCGUGACCGUCAACCGUCGACGACAUCCGCAUCAUCUGCCAUUUCCAUUGCGCAGAGAAAGAAACCUCCACCGCCACCUCCAAGACUCCCUUCGCAACAAUCAUUGUUUGUAACAGCUUUGUAUGACUUUGACGGCCAGAGUGUGGGAGACUUGAUAUUUCGGGAGGGUGACAGGAUCCGCGUGAUCAAGAAGACGGAAAGUACGGACGACUGGUGGCAGGGCGAAUUGAGAGGCGCCAAGGGACCAUUUCCCGCGAACUAUUGUCAGUAA